AUGGUUCUUUCUAAGCCCGAGAACAAGCACGUCCUGAAGGCCUUUGACCUCACCGGCAAGGUUGCUGCCAUUACAGGCGGUGCCCGGGGUAUUGGACUUGAGGUUUCGAGGGCCCUCGCAGAAGCUGGUGCCAACGUGGCCUUGAUCUACAACUCGUCUAAAGCGGCAGAAGCCAUUGCCGAAGAGAUCGUUACCCAGAACAACGUGAAAUCAGCUGCCUAUAAGGCGGAUGUUGGAAAUCAGGAGGAUAUUGAAAGGGUAAUCCAACAAAUCGCCUCAGACUUUGGCAAGCUCGAUAUUAUCGUUGUGAAUUCGGGAGUUACUUCCAAUAUUGCGGCGGAAGACUACACCACGGAACAAUGGCGUGACAUCAUGAAAGUGAAUCUAGAUGGCGCGUUUUAUAGCGCACAGGCGGCUUCUCGGAUCUUCAAGCAACAAGGACAUGGAAAUGUCAUCUUCACGGCCUCUGUCAGUGCAACAUUGGUGAAUGUGCCUCAGAAGCAGGCAGCGUACAAUGCCUCCAAAGCCGGGGUCGUGCAGCUGGCAAAAUGUCUGUCUGUUGAAUGGGUUGACUUUUGCCGGGUCAACUGCGUUUCCCCGGGGUUCAUAGCCACGGAGAUCCUCGAUAUCCACCCACUGGAAUGGCGCGAGAAAUGGAACGACAUGGUGCCGGCUAAGCGAAUGGCUGAUGCCUAUGAACUCAAAGGAGCCUAUGUGUUUUGUGCUUCCGAUGCCUCGAGCUAUAUGACUGGAGCCAACCUCGUGAUUGAUGGCGGCUACACGCUGCCUUAA